AUGAAGAAGUUCCUCUCGUUGCUUCUCCUCUGUCAUGUGGCAUCUCCAGUUAAACACUCCUUGAAGUUUUUUACAACUGGAUCUUCUGGAUUCCCAAAAGUCCCAGAGUUUGUGGUUGUUGUAUUGGUUGAUGAACUUCUGGUGGGUUACUGCGACAUGGAUAAGAAGAUAGUUGAACCAAAACAAGACUGGGCGAGAAAAGUAUUAGAAAGUGAUCCUCAGCAGUUGGAGUGGUACACUCGAGAAUGUACUGAGAUUGUGCCGAACCGCUUCAAAGCCUCGAUUGACCUUUUGAAGCAGCGCUUCAACCAAAUUGGAGGUGAUCACAUUUUCCAGAGGAUGAGUGGCUGUGAGUGGGAUGAUGAGACUGGAGAAGUUAAUGGUUUUAAUCAGUAUGGUUAUAACGGAGAAGACUUUAUAUCAUUUGAUCUGAAGACACUGACAUGGAUCGCUCCAAAACCACAGGCUGUCAUCACCAAACAGAGAUGGGACGCUGAUGAAGCUAGAUUGAAUUUCAAUGAGUAUUACCUCACUCAGAUUUGCCCUGCACACCUGAAGUUGUUUGUGGACUAUGGCAAGAGCUCUCUGCUGAGAAAAGACCUUCCCUCAGUGUCUCUCCUCCAGAAGACUCCCUCCUCUCCAGUCAGCUGCCACGCUACAGGUUUCUACCCUGAGGCAGCCAUGAUGUUCUGGAGGAAAGAUGGAGAGGAGCUUCAUGAGGACGUGGAGCUCGGAGAGAUCCUCCCCAACCACGAUGGAUCCUUCCAGAUGAGUGUUGACCUGGACCUCUCAUCAGUCAAACCUGAAGACUGGACCAGGUACGAGUGUGUGUUUCAUCUCUCUGGUGUGAAGGACGACAUCGUCACCAGACUGGACAAAGCAGUGAUCAGGACCAACAGAGUUUCUCCCUCAGAGUUUCCUGCUGCUGCUGUUAUUGGAGUUUGUGUGGGAUUGAUGCUGCUUCUUGCACUCUGCAUCACUGGACUCUUCUUCUGGAGGGAAAACAAGAAUGGAUUCAAGCCUGCAAACUCUUCCGAACAUUCCUCCUCUCCAACACCUGUGGACAAUGAUACAGCUCUGACGGAUCACACUUCCGAACAUUCAUCCUCUCCAACUCCUGUGGACAAUGAUACAGCUCCUGACUGA